UCAGGUUGGUGUAUACAUCAUUUCAUAUAUACCAAUGUCUAUCAUACAGCUGAGUUAUUUCUGGAAGGUUCAAUUUGUGUAUUAAUUGUGAAAACUGGUAUAAUUUUAGAAUGGGUGAUGUGAAAGAUGCAAUGGGUGAUCAAUGGCGUGCUGAUUUAUUGAAAGAUGUGAGAACUCUUCCUAAUAUUGGAGCUGUUCCUGGUACAUUGGUCGUGUUUGGAGAACUAGCUAGACCCAUCCUUCUGAAUCCACAGCAAAAGAGCGUCUGGGUUGCUGCCGGUGAAUUGGGAGAUGGUCGAAUAGUCGUAAUAGGUCAUGUGCAUUACAUUCAUAAGCUUAAAAGUAAAAAUAGUAACAAACACCUAGAUAUAGUCAAAUUCCAUGAGAAUAUAAAACUAUGGUUGACAAAGUUUACAGGAGUGAAUAAUAGCGAAAUAAAACUGUUGACAAGUCUUACGGUUGAAACACUGAGCAGUACACGGAUAAUUAUAGUGACAGGGAGUAAAAAUCCGGAUAUUCCUGACGAAAUGGUAUACCAGUUUGUAGAAAGUGGUGGUGCUUUGCUUCAUUCGAUUUGUCCAUGGGGGUGGUUGCAAGUUCACCCUGGGCUGACUCUUCAAGAUGUUCCCCUGUAUAGUAUUUUGGAAGAAGUGGGCAUUCUUUAUCAAGAUGGAUACUUUCGUUGUCCAGAAAAUGGGAUGCAGAUUGCAUCUUGUGUGGCUUCGGAAUCUUACCACAUGAAGCACGCUCUUGAGAAUAUGCAUCUAGAUAAGUGUUGCCGAACUUUGUCCCAGAUAAAUGAGGUUCCAUUAAAAUCCUUGCAUGCUUUAGUAGGAACAUGUGGUCAGCUGUUGCGCAAUAUGAUAGCUGAGAAUGGCAAAGACAAUGUACCCACUGAAAGAACUCCGAUUUCGUCAACAGUUGGCAAGUCAACGAUUUACGUGCAUGAAGUACUCAACAAAACUGGAAAUGGACCGCCACAAAUGCCAGGAUUUGACAACUUUCCAGGAGAUUUUGCUUUUGAUCCGCCCAGAGUUAAUACGGAAAUUAUUAUAGAAUCUAUGAUUGACGCCUGUCACCCUACAGGUUUUUAUGUACGUGCCGGAGAAGACAUUUCUAUCGAAGUUCUAAACGACCAGUCAAUGGAUACAGGUUGGGAAAUUCAAGUAGGUUCUCAUACUGACCGUCUUCAUACUUCGUUAUCAAUGAAACGUUGGCCUAUAAUAACAGAAAGAUUUAAAAUAACGGUCAGAGAAACCAAGAUAAGGACUCCGUUUGGAGGGUUACUCUAUGUCCGCAGUCCGCGUUGUAAAGGUCGGUUAGUUCUUCAUGUUAGGAAUGUUGUAGAAGCGCCGUAUUUUGACCUUACAAGACUAGAAACAACCAAUAAUUGGCACGAGAAUAGACAAGCACCAGGCCUGUGGGCUGAUAUUUGUGGGAAACAUAUUGUACUCACUUUGCCCUCAAGCAGCAUUCGGAAUAUCGAGGAUCCAAGUCCCGCCUUGGAAACACUGGACCUAGUUGUGCGUGCACAUCAUCAUUUGCGUGGUAGUGACCCGAAUACAAUACACAGAGAAUGGAUUGUAACAGAUAUUCAACCGGCUGGCGGACAUAUGCAUUCUGGAUACCCUAUUGUUACUCAUUUAGAUUUAGCACAGCCGGACAACGUCGCCUUUUUACUCAACAGUGAACAGUUACUUGAAAAGGGUAACUGGAGCCUGUUUCAUGAGCUAGGACACAACAUGCAGCGACCUGUUUGGACAUUCUCGGGAACCACAGAAGUUACUUGUAAUAUAUUCACCCUACACGCUAUUGAUGUCAUUUCUAAAAGACAGAUAUGGCUACAUCCAUGGUUGAAGUCAAAAGUAGAAAAAGCUCAAAAGCAUAUAAAACACUCGUGUGAAUAUACAAAAUGGCAGUCCGAUCCUGGUAUAGGACUUUUUAUCUACGCACAAAUAAUUCAUCAGUUUGGUUGGUCUGUUUUUAAAAAGACAUUCAGACAUUACGAAAAUAACGAUCGACCAGCUCAGUUAAAAACAGAUGGUGAUAAAGUGGACUGCUGGUUCCAGACGAUGACAAAAUUUGCCGAGUACAAUCUAGCCCCAUUAGCAGAUCUCUGGAAUAUUCCACUAUCAUCAGAAUGUAGAGAACAAAUGAAAGCGUUCCUGCCAUUUUUACCCGAAGACGAAAUAACCGAAGCUGCCCCAGAAAAAGUCAAAGCUCUGAUGGAAAUAUAUCCUGCUCUUAUUCGUAAAAUCGUGAAACCCAAAGAUGCAUUUGAAGAAUUAAGAUGUUGUCCCAAGAAAUGGACUGUUCAAUGUAAAAUAGUGGCAUAAAUCUUUGGAACUAUUUUCGGGAUCAUUGCAAUUGCUUGAUUCUGAAUUGAACAUUUUAUAUUUAUCGCCAGGGUCUCACUUUUAAUUUAAAAUGACUAACUUCGUUCUCAAAAUAAAAACAUUUCUCUGGCCAGGACUGUGACUUUCAACAGUAAAAGAUUUCAAAUAGUGGUAGUGUUCACCCUCUCGUUCAUUUCUCUUUAUGCGCAUUCGAAUCUGACAAUCACUUACUUUGUAGCAGACGGCCAUUUCACAAACAAUACAUGCCGGUAGUUCAUUAUACCUACCAUAUUCAUUAAGAUGACUUCUUUC